AUGGCAAACGUAUUUCGCCCUACAUUGCAGUUAGCGGCGCUGUCGCCGCUGACUGCUUGGUCGGUCAUCCAGGCGAUCAAGGGCAUCUCGGCAGACAUGGUGGAACACCGGCGCUCAGUCUUCCUGUAUCUCAGUCUCGCAGCACUCCUCCUUUUUACGCAAUGGGUCUUUCUCGAUAGCGUCCGGGCUGCCAUCCGCGCAAACAGGCUGGGCUGCAAGCCGGUGAAGCCGUACCCUUUCCCCAAGAAGGAGGUCGUCGCCGGUAUGAGACGGGCGUUCAAGGAGCACAGGGUCAUGGACGCGCUGAAGGCGCGGCUGGACACGGUCGGCCAUACGUUCGUGGACAAUGGGCCGUGGGGCGGAAUGAUCAUCACGGACGAGCCGGAGAUAGUCAAGACGAUUCAAAGCACGAACUUUGAGGACUGGGACAUUGCUGGCCCAAGGCUGUGGAGUGCCGUGCAGAAUUUUGGGAGGCGGAGUAUCUUUACGAACAAUGGGGCGAAGUGGCGUGCGGCGAGAGAUUUGAUCAAGCCGGCCUUUGUCCGUGAUGAGAUCGCGGACCUUGCGGCGUUUGACCGGCAUGUUUCGCGUUUUCUAGAGCAUAUCCCCAAGGAUGGAAGCACAGUAGACCUACAGCCUCUAUUCCUGAAAUUAACAAUGGACUCUUCGACGGAUUUUCUGUUUGGCUCCUCCACAAACACGCUCACCGAAGCAUCCCCAUCUGCUAAGCGAUUCACUGAUGCUUUUGAGUACGUGCUUUACACGAAUGCGAAAUAUGCAUACACCGGACCACUCAAUCUCAUCCUCCCCGACCGCAAAAUAGCGGCUGCCAGGAGAGUCAUGAUAGACUGGAUCCGGGAGUACGCAGAGAAAGCGAGCACUGAGGAUAAAGCCAAGAGGCGAGAGCGCAAGUACGUCUUCAUCGAUGCCCUGGUGGGGUCCGGUGCGGAUCAGGAGUACAUUUGCGAUCAGCUGCUGGGAAUCAUGUUCGCGGGACGAGACGCGACGGCUAUUGCCAUGACGGUGCUCUUUUGGUUUCUGGCGCGCCAUCCGGAUGUGGUAGCGAAGAUCAGGGAGGAGAUGACGCAGCUGGGCGAUUCGGGGGACAAUCCUACUUGGACUCAGGUCAGAGGCCUGAAGUAUUUGAGCAAUGUCAUCAAAGAAACACUUCGACUCUUCCCUCCAGUGCCGAUCAAUUCGAGGACCGCGAAUAAGGAUACGGUAUUGCCGUGCGGCGGCGGCCCUGAUGGCAAAGCCCCUGUCUAUGUGAGGAAAGGCUCGCCGUGUCGAUGGGUGCUGUACAGCCUCCACCGCAGGAAGGACCUUUAUGGAGAGGACGCAGACAUCUUCCGCCCUGAGCGGUGGGAUGACCUUGAUAUUGAGUGA